AUGGACCAUGUCACCCAAGACGAUCGCGUCCAGUGGGCAAUCUCACAGCGCCAUGUAUCCCAAAGAGGCGCUUACAAUUUCGCUCAUCGCGACAUAUGGGGACCGCGGGAGAAGUCCAUGGCCAACCCAUGGUCACCGAGUAAUCCCGAUGGAACAGUCAUUUUGCGCCUAGCUGAGAACAGCCUAAUGCACCAGGAAGUUGCCCAGUUCAUCAAGGAAACCAUCAAUGUGCUUCCCUUGGAUCAUUUGACUUACAGCACAGGACCACGGGGAUCGCUGCGCCUCCGUCGCACCCUUGCUACGUUCAUGAACAAGGAAUUUCACCCUCGAGAUGCAGUCACGGCCAAUGAUCUCUUCAUAACGCCUGGUUUGGCCAGCGGCUUAGAUGCAGUGGCAUGGUCAGUUUGUGACGAAGGCGAGGGCAUAUUGGUUCCGCAACCGUUCUACAACGGCUUCAGCUUUGAUCUUCUGAAUCGAAGCAACACACGAGUCAUCGGCGUGUCUUAUAAGGGCAUGGAAGGAUGCUCGAAACUUGAAGAUAUUUUCCGACCUGAAGUGAACAAAUUGGCUCUUGAAGCGGCUCUGAACAAGGCUCGUGGGGAAGGUGUGAACGUCCGCGCAUUGCUAAUCUCAAAUAUGUUUUCUUGGUCACCUCAUGUUCUUCAAGACGUCUGGGCGUCCAUGAUGAAUGAUCAAAUGUGGAUGGAAUCCUUCAUGGAAAAGAAGACAGACCUCAUGGUGGAAAACUACCGUGUGGCCACUUCCUUCUUUCGGGAGCACAACGUCAGCUACUUCGAAAUGAACGCUGGGCUCUUCAUCUGGGUUGAUCUUCGCCACCUGUUCAACCCAUUGACAUUAGACGGAAAUCUUAGAAUUCAGUCUGAAGGUUUCAUAGCUCAUCAGCAGAGUGAGCUUGAAAUAACAGAUCUAUGCGCUAGACACGGUGUCAUGAUUGCACCAGGCAGCGUUUACAUGCCAGAGGAGUUUGGCUGGUUUAGAAUGACCUUCAGUCUGGGGAAGGAAGCACUAGAAGAAGGAUUGAAGCGGUUCGCCAAAGCUAUUGCCGAGAUGAGAAUCUAA